UUACUUCGAAGGUUAAUAUUUUUUAAACACUGGAUGUAUCAAAAAAUUAGAAAUUAUGUCGAGGAAGAAGCACAAUAUAUCAUAUAUUAAGCCGAACGAGCCAAAAUUUCUGCGAGAGUUGAAAGAGCAAAUCGGAUAUAAAGAAGGCCCCACUGUCGACACAAAAAGAGAAAUAUUACCAGAAGUCUCUGAUGAUGAGAGAGAAGAGUUAACUGAUGAGAAACCUGUUGUUGUUGUAUUAAAUUCUGGUGAUUUAACAGCAGAAGAAGCAGAUGCUUUCAAAAAACAAAAAGAGAAAGAAGAAAGUGGUGCUCCAGCUGAUCUAUCUAAGAAGAUUAUAUUUCGCAAGACUAAAAUAGAGUCGGACAAAUCUGAGACAACUGCCACAGAUAAACCUAUGAGAAAGAAAGCAAAAAGAGACAAGCAAAAGAUUGUCUUAUCCUUUGAUGCUAAUGACGAUGAUGACGAUGAUGUUGGAUAACAUUAAAUAUGAAUUCUCUUACUCUUAAAUGUUUUAUAUGU